AUGGCUGAAGAACUUCCUCAAGCCAACUUCUCACAUACCAGGUUCAUUUUUGAAGGAUUUCCAGAACUCUACAAGUACAGGCGGUUGCUAUUCUUGCCAUUUUCUUUAAUUUAUAUGCUGACCAUAUUUGGCAAUUCAUUAAUAGUGAUUGUCAUUAAAAACGGUCAGAAUUUGCACAGCCCCAUGUAUUUACUUAUGUCUUCCUUAGCCAUUGUGAACAUAAUUGUCCCUACAGUGAUUGUGCCAAAUAUGCUUUUAGGUUUUCUGUUUGACUGGAAUGAAAUCUCCUUGGAAGGAUGCUUAACUCAGAUGUUUCUCACUCACUUCUUUUCCUCCGUGGAGUCUACCGUCCUCCUGGCUAUGGCCUUGGACCGACUAGUGGCCAUUUGCAAUCCAUUGCGCUAUGUGGAAAUUGUGAACACUGCUGCGCUUGUAAAGUUUGUAGCCCUGACCUUGAUAAGGAGCGGCUUGAUCAUGUCUAUCUUAGUAGCUUUGGCCCGCUCUUUGACAUUCUGUAGCUCAAACAUCAUCAGGCACAGCUACUGCGACCACAUGGCCCUUGUCAGUCUGGCAUGUGGAAAUAAGGAUAAGAAUGACAGCAUAGGCCUGGCAGUGAUUGUUGUUUUUGUUGGCAUUGACAUUUCCAUCAUUGCCGUCUCAUACAUGCGGAUUUUGAGCGUUGUUCUGCACGCUGCAGAAGCUGAGGACCGCUGGAAAGCAUUCCACACCUGCAGUACUCACUUGCUUGUUAUGAUGUCUUUCUACCUGGUAGGGAGCGUUACAUUUCUGUCACAUAACAUCGGCAUUGAUAUUGCAACAGACAUUAACACCUUUUUAGGUAUACUGUACAUAAUUUUUCCUGCUACUGUAAACCCAAUUAUUUAUGGAGUCCGGACCAAGGAAAUAAGGAAUGCCAUUCUAAAAAUAUUCAAGGUGAGUUCAAAUAAAGUGAUAAAUAUAAAUGUGUCAGCAGUGAAAGUUUAA